AUGGCGAAGCAAUCUAUUCAUGAUAUUCAAGAAAUGCGAAUUCGAACAUUAACAAUGCAUUCUGCUAUCGCUCCUGAAAAUCUUCAAUUUGUAAAUAAUCAUCAAAAAUGGACAUCAUCAUUAAUCUGGGCUGUUCUGGUUGUAACAUUUUCAACUAGUUUCGUUAUGGGUGUGAAUAAUGGUGGUCCGAAUCAAUAUAAUUCAUUUAUUAUUCCUUGGGCAAGAGGAUAUCCGUUUCCGUGUCAAAAAGCUGAUGGCGUCGCACAAUGGGUAGCGACUGUUUGGUGGGGCUGUAAUUAUACUGCAACUUCAUAUUUUAAUAAGACAGGCUAUUAUUAUUUACCAAGAAUACCUGUCGAUAAACAGGUUGUACAAAGUAUUAUCGAUUCGAUGCAUUCGAUUUGUCUUGUUAUUGGUGGGACAAUUGGAGGUUUAACUGGGCAAUAUUGGUAUUUGCUUUUUACAAGACGCAAUGCUAUUUGUGUUAGUAUGGUUUUUCAAGUAGUAGCGUCAAUUCUUAUGGUAAUUCCAUUGGAAAUUUAUAAUGGAUAUAAAAAAGGCGAUCCUGAUCGAAACGAGAUCAAUUAUGCACUUGAAAAUAAAGACAUUGCAGUUGCUAUUCUUUAUAUCUCACGUUUUCUUUCCGGAUGGUCAUCUGGUUUGUGUUGUGUUGUAUCGACUAUUUACUUAAUGGACAUAAGUCCACGUCCCAUGCGUGGUAAAGUUGUCACAUUUCAUCAGUUAUUCGUCGUUAUUGGACUUCUUAUGGGGCAAAUAGUUGGCCUUCCAUGGUUGCUUGGCCAACAUGACAAAUGGAAUUGGGGUAUGUCGUGGAUUGGAUUGUUCUCAUUCGCAGGUUGUUUUCUCCUGUGGACAUUACCAGAAAGUCCACGAUGGCUUGUCCAAGAACGACAACGAACUGAAGCAGCUGCAUCAUUACGUAUUCUUCGACAAGUUAAUUUAAUUGAUGCAGAACUUGAUGAAAUUGAACGCGAAGAAGCAACUGUUGCAAGACAAAACAUAUCCAUUUAUGAGAUGUUUAUUUUAGAUCGUUAUCGUUGGCCGUUGUUGACUAGUAUUGCACUGAAUGCUAUUCAACAAUUGUCCGGUAUUAAUACUGUAUUUUUUUAUUCCAAUGAAACGUUGUCGGAUAUUGGUUUUGUUGAUGACAAAGUAUAUUGGGGUGUGCUUUCAACUGGUAUUAUCAAUCUCAUUAUGACAGCAGCAGCAGUUAAAUUUGUUGAAAUAUUCGGCCGUCGUCCAUUGAUUUUAUAUCCUCUUAUCAUAAUUACAAUAGUUAUGAUGCUACUUUGUUUCUCUAUUCAAUAUCAUAUACCAAUACUAUCUUUGGUAUUAAUAUUAAUAUUUAUUGCAGUAUCGGCAGUUGGACUCGGCCCCAUUCCUUAUAUAUAUCCAAACGAAGUAUUUACAAUUGAUAUGCGACCAGCGGCUCUAUCGAUAUCAAUAUUUGCUAGUUGGUUAUGUAAUACAAUCAUCAAUCUAUUAUUUCCAUUGUUAAAAUCAGUGUUGGCUGGAUAUACUUUUCUUAUCUUUUGCCUUUUCUGUACAACAGCUUUUGUUCUUCUUUGGUUUAAAAUGCCUGAGACAAAACGUAAGAAGUUAUCCGAAAUCGAAGCCUAUUGGGGUUACAUUAAUUGA